AUGGAAAACUAUCUCCUCUACUUUCUAUUCCUUUUCACCUUUACCUACUUCAUAUUCAUGGCCUUGAGGACAUGGAUGAAACCCACAGCCAAUGGCCCUGCAUCAAGGCUACCACCAGGUCCACCACAACUACCUCUCAUAGGAAACUUGCAUCUCUUUAAAGACACUCAAGCUCAUCUCUGCCUUGCCCAACUCGCUCAGAAGUAUGGCCCCGUCAUGCGUCUGCAACUUGGGGAAGUACCAACUGUUGUCGUUUCUUCACCGGAAGGUGCUAAAGAAGUGAUGAAAACCCACGACUCCAUUUUUUCCGAGAGGCCUUAUCUCUAUGCUGCAGAGUUGAUAACUUACAACUGUAAAGACAUCGUGUUUUCGCGUGGUCAAUACUUGAGACAGACACGUAAGAUUUGUGCGUUGGAGCUGUUAAGCACGAAAAGAGUUCAAUCAUUCAGACCAAUCAGGGAAGAAGAGAUAUCUAAUUUAAUUAGAACCAUCUCAUCAAAAGCAGGACAGGCAAUUAACCUGAAAUACUUGCUGUAUUCUUCAGCGCUCAGCAUAGUCUCAAGGUCAGCCUUCGGUGGCAAAUGCAAAUUCCAAGAAGAAUUCCUGAAACUUAUCCCAGACAUUUCAGAUUCGCUCAGUGGUCUCUGUGUUGUUGAUUUAUAUCCUUCAAUCAAAUUGCUCCAUCUAAUCAAUGCAAUGAGGCCUAAAAACAAGAGACUGCAUAAGAAAGUAGAUGAGAUUCUUGAGAACAUCAUUCAUGAACAUAGAGUUAAAAAAUCAACAGCAAGGGUAGUUGAAGAUGAAGGAGCUGGUGAUCUUGUACAAGUCCUUCUGGAUAUUCAGGAUCAUGGAGGCCUUGAAGUUCCCUUAUCAACCUCAAGUGUCAAAGCAAUUAUACUGAAUAUUUUCGGUGCGGGAGGUGACACAUCAUCUACAGUUGUAGAAUGGGCAAUGUCGGAAAUGUCAAGAAACCCUAGAAUAAUGAAAAAGGCACAAGCGGAGGUAAGAGGCGUGUUUGCUGGAAAAAGAGAUGUGGAUGAAGCAGGCCUUCAUGAUUUGAAAUAUCUCAAUCAAGUUAUCAAAGAGACAUUAAGAUUUCACCCUCCUGCUCCUUUGCUACUUCCAAGAGAAUGCCGAGAGAGUUGCGAGGUUAAUGGAUGGGUCAUACAGGCCAAAACCAGGAUCAUAGUUAAUGCAUGGGCAAUAGGAAGAGAUGAAAAUUAUUGGAUGGAAGCUGAGAAGUUUCAUCCAGAGAGAUUUGAUGAUAGCUCUUUUAACUAUAAGGGAACAGAUUUUCAUUAUAUUCCGUUCGGUGCUGGAAGGCGGAUAUGUCCUGGGAUCUCUUUUGCUAUUGCCAAUGUCGAGCUUACACUUGCUAAAUUGCUAUACCAUUUUGACUGGCAGCUUCCCAAUGGAAUGAAGCCUGAAGAUCUAGAUAUGACUGGAGUUUUUGCUGCUACAUGGCGAAAAAGAGAUGAUUUGUGUUUAGUUCCCGUUCCUUAUGAGUUUGCUUCUUCGGGAUAAUAUAUAUUUAGCGAUUUCAGACAAUAAAUGUUAAUUUCAGACAAUAAAGGAUGAUUGAUGUAUCUGGUCAGACUCUUGUGGUACAUAAAUAGUCUGACAAAAUAUUAGUUAUGAUCUCC